CGCUCAAGCGUUCGGCUCGAGUCGCGGUGUGUGUUAGCACGUCUGGCAUGCACGCUCGCAUUCAAUCGGCCCUAUAUUGCGUUUAAUUCGUGUUACCCGCUCCCACCAAAUCAAGCGCCUCAUUUCUUUUAAUUUCACCCUCAAGUCUCGCGCACGAGCGACCAACAACAGCGACGAUGCGUGGCUGUGGAGCGGCGCUUGUCGUGGUGGUGUUGGUGGCGGUGGUGGCGCUCUGCGCCCAGGCGGCCCGCGCCGCCGUGUGGCCCAGGCGGCCCCACUGGAUGCCGCCCAGCCCCUACCGCGUGUUCAGCGCCUGGGUGCACCCCACGCGCCAGCACUUGAAGGUGAAGAGUUUCGUCUGGAACAACUGUGGACCGGAGAGCGACGUGGCCAUCCUCAAGAGCCUGCAGAUUUCGCCUGACCCCGUCGUCAUCCCAGGAGAUCUGACGGUCGCCCUCAACGGCGUUACCACGGUCACCCUCGCCGGCCCCAUUGAGGCCAAUGUGACACUGGAUAAGGAGCUGGCAGGGCUGUGGAUCGAGGUGCCGUGCCUGGAUCAGAUCGGGAGCUGCGUGUACAAGGACGUGUGUCAGCUGCUGAACCAGCUCACGCCACCUGGACAAGACUGUCCCGAGCCCCUGUUCAGCUAUGGCCUGCCCUGCAAUUGCCCCUUUAAGAAGGGACAGUACAACUUCCCAGAGUCCGAUUUCACCAUUCCGUACGUGGAGCUUCCGUCUUGGCUCACCAAUGGAAAUUACCGCAGCAAGGUGACGCUGUCCAUGGGCGGGAAAGAGGUGGCGUGUUUAAAGCUGUCGCUCUCGCUCCAUGCCGAGUGAGCCGUUUUUGCUUUUCUGCCGUGCGGAGGUCUGCUCGCUGGCGUUAUUUUCCAUUCUAAUACAGAUAAUAUGCAGAUAUGAAUUUCUACUUGUAAUUGGUGCAAACCGCAUUUCUUAGUCUGCUUUAUCAAAAUGCUCACUGUAUGCAAACGUUGAUUCUAAGUUUGCCUAACAUUUUAUUUUAACCUCAAGGUAGUCACUUUAGCUGUAUAAGUUGCAUUAGUAGGCUACAUUGUUCUAUUGGAAUUUAAAUAGCAGUGAAGUUAUUGCAUCCAGGAAACCUCGUUAUACUGUGGACCUCCAGAGGUGAUCCUGAGUAAAUGUUUCGGGUUUACACUCCAACACACUAGUGUGCUGAACGAAUAAAACGAUAUGGCAUGUUUUGUUUACGUGACAAACUUUACUAAUUGGCUGCCGGCUGGUUACCGGUUUAACGACACAUUCAUAUUUACGCAAUGUAACCCAAAAAAACGUCUUAUUGCAGAACUUUUCAUUGCAUAGUUGUCUUAACUUAUUAGUAAUGAUGCAAUGAAUGUCUGUAGUGUGCACACGUGUUUCUUGAAAAGGGUCCAAUUUGGGUUUCUGGAGAUGGGGUACAAUGGAGACCGUGGCAAUGAUGAGAGAAUGGGCUCGUGAUGAUAGCCUAGAGAGGGCAGCGAUGCUUUUAUAUGCAAACUUGCAGUCAUAUUGACGUUUGGCUCAUUGGUCCAGUUGGGAGCGGGGAAUUAAUCAAUGGCUUUAGUUACCAGCUUGAAUCUACUUGUUUUAACAAAAGCUACUUUAAGAUUUUUCACAGAACUUAGUAAUAGCCAUGACUUUGCAGUUCUUUCCCAAAUCUUCAGUGCUGUAUUGUAUUUGCAAUAUUCCAGUAUUCAAUGUUUGCAUGCGAGGCAUGAUCUACUCAUGGUUAAAUGAGGUUUUUAAAAACAUUUUAAGUAGCGUUGCAUGCACUGACAGUGUAAUGGUAUGUUUGCUUGAUUGUGAUGACACAAAUGGAAUAAACCCAAUCAAUAUUUA